UUGAUUUAUUGAGCCCACUGCCAGAGUUUUCAAGUUUUUCUAGACGUUGCCAGCUGUUUCUACCGCUCUUCGUUUCCCCCCCUCCGCCUCCACAACUUCUUCUAAAGAAAGCGAGAGCGCGGUCAACGUCCUGCGAAGAGAGAGAGAGACGUGGAGAGCGAUAAAAGCGAAGGUGAGCGAAAGGACACCGGCAAACUCUUCUUCUUCACCGCAAAAUAAUUUAAAGUUUAAGUAAACCUGAAGUGGCAAACAAAGUUGUUAAAGAUAAAGGCCCGCAGAGACCGGCAAACGUAAUCAGCAACGUAAUCCCCCGCGAACCAGAAAACCAAAGCCAAAAUGCGCCUGUUUCCAGUCCGAUUCUCCGCCGCCUCCUCGUCGAUGGCAAGUUUGGCGAAAAUGCUCGACUUUUACUCCCUUUACUCCCCUACUCCACUCUCGUUAAAGCAGUUUAUGGACUUCGGUCAAAAUGCCUGCGAAAAAAAAUCGUAUAUAUUUCUGCGCAAGGAGCUCCCCGUUCGACUGGCGAAUAUCAUGAAGGAGAUCGCCCUUCUGCCGGACAAUCUGUUGCACACAAGAUCUGUAAGCGAAGUGAGCUCCUGGUAUGUCAAAAGUUUCGAAGAUGUCCUUGUGUACGAGAAAGCCGAACCAACGCACGACAACCUGCAAAAAUUUGUGGCCGAUUUGGAUCUCAUUAGAAAUCGGCACAACGAUGUGGUGCAAACGAUGGCUCAGGGCGUGAUCGAAAUGAAGGAGAACGAGGGCGGCCAGGUGGAUGCGCCCACCGAGAGCUCCAUUCAGUACUUUCUCGACAGGCUGUACAUGUCACGGAUCAGCAUUCGAAUGCUGAUCAACCAGCACACCCUUCUCUUUGGAGCAAAUCCCCAUGCGGGUGGUCGCCACAUUGGGUGUCUGGAUCCCGCCUGUGAUCUCUCGGAUGUGGUUCGCGAUGCGUACGAGAACGCCCGCUUUCUGUGCGAUCAGUACUACCUGACCAGUCCGGAGAUGGAGAUCCAGCAGCACAGCAGCGAGCCCGGUGACAACCUGCCCAUCCGUACGGUGUACGUGCCCUCGCAUCUCUACUACAUGCUUUUCGAGCUCUUCAAGAACUCCAUGCGAGCGGUGGUGGAGCACCAUGGCCAUGACAACAACGACACAUUGCCUCCCCUGAAGGUGGCCAUUUGCAAGGGCAAGGAGGACAUCUGCGUGAAGAUUUCUGACCAGGGUGGCGGCAUUCCCCGCUCUCAGACCGAUCAGCUUUUCAAGUACAUGUACAGCACAGCGCCGCAGCCCUCGAAAUCGGAUCUGCACACGGUGCCUUUAGCAGGCUAUGGAUAUGGUCUGCCGAUCUCAAGGCUCUACGCCCGCUAUUUUCACGGUGACAUUGUGCUGCUUUCCUGCGAGGGAUUCGGCACCGAUGCGAUUAUCUAUCUGAAGGCUUUGUCCGACGAGGCCAACGAAUUGCUGCCGAUCUUUAACAAGACAAGCUCAAAGUUCUAUCGCGCCACCGUGCCAACGGGUGACUGGUCCAAUCAGGUAAAAUACGCUAAAAAGAAGAAGACGAGCGCUGUCAGCCAGUAGACGUGUGAAAAUGUCUAAAAGCAAGAAAAAAAUAAUAAUAAUGAGAUGAAAAAUGAAACGAACCCGCCUGGCUGUGUAAAGAGUUUGCGCCACCCUGCACCAAUUGAAUUCAAUCCAAUCAACCCAAUCCCAGCAAGCAAGCAAGCAACCCACUUCCCGCAUCCGCAACCCAGUCAAGUGAAAAGUGUUUAUUUAUUGUUUAAUGUAAUGUUAAUGUUAAAUACGACUUAUGUUUGUAUGUGCCCCAAAACUUCCCCAACCCGAAUAAUUUUCGAAAGCUUCUUUCAAAUAUUGUCAUUUAACAUUUGACAUUCCACAAACAUUUCUGCCCAUUUCGGAGCGGGCUGAAGUUCUGUUUAGUUUUUUUGUGGGGAGCGAGUGGCGCAGCGCCCUUGGCUUUAUAAUUACGUUUGUAGCUAUUAAAUUCGAUACAUAUUUAUAUAUAUGCAUACCUAUAUACACGAAAAACAUUUAUACUCUACAGUAAACUGAUGUUUUGAGACCUUUACGAAAUUAGCUUUAAUUUGUGGAUUUUAUUUAGGCUAUAGCCCGAACUGCAUGCAAUGUUAAAAUACAUUUAUCUUUUUGAGCACACUAUUUAGAUUUAUUGGUUAAGUUAUAAACGUUUUAAACAAAUAAACUGGAAAGUAUACACCAAAA